UUCGGGACGUACCAGAAGAAACUACUGUGGCUCGUGUGCCUGCCUGCAUGCCUCCCCUGUGGCUUUUGUGCAUUCAAUCAGCUAUUCAUGGCGUCAACACCCCCACACUGGUGUCGUGUACCUGGACUCGAGAGCCUCGACUCCACCAGGAGACGAAGACUCGCGAUUCCAACUACGAAUCAGGAAGGCAACGAGACUGUGUACAGCCAGUGCACGAGGUACGAUGUCAAUUGGUCGGAUCCCAAUGUUAUUGACCUGACUAAUGGCAAUCUCGAGGCUAAUUUCACCGAUUGGCCUGUCGUGCCUUGCGAUCAUGGAUGGGAGUACGAUGUGUCGGAGAUCGUGUCUUCGAUCGUGAUUGAUUUCGAUCUCGUCUGUGAUAAGGCGAUAUAUCCCACACUCGGACUCGUGGCUUUAAACACUGGAGGACCAAUCGGAGUUUAUCUUUUUGGUACUUUGAAUGAUAGGAUUGGAAGGAGGCUAUCGUUUUUUAGCUGUUUAGCCACUCUCAUACUUGGAGGCAUUAUUACAUCAGUUUCGAAUAAUUUCUGGACAUGGGCUGCCUGCAGAAUGGUCGUGGGGCUCACCAUUCCAGCGAUAUAUCAAAUACCUUUUAUCAUUUCGCUAGAACUCGUUGGCCCCAAUUACAGAUCAUUCGUAACCGUACUGACUUGCUCAUUCUACACAAUGGGCCUGUGCAUGCUAUCAGGAGUUACUUACCUGAUACCUGAAUGGAGAACACUGGCUCUCGUCACCAGUACACCGUUCCUCCUGUAUUUCAUAUACUGGUGGUUUCUACCAGAGUCUCCAAGAUGGCUGUUAGCCAAAGGUCGAUUGAGUGAAGCUAGUGAGAUCCUCCAGACUCUCGCAAAAGUCAAUGAGAAAGAACUGCCAGCUUCGUUUACGCAAAAAUUAAAGCAAAGGAUGACGAUGUCUAGGUCGAAAAGUGAGGAGGAGAGGCUGAGAACUGGACCUGGGGUUCUAUCGUUAUUCAAGACACCUAAUAUGAGACUCAAAACGUGCCUUAUUACACUCAAUUGGUUUGCAAAUAACAUGGUGUACGUAGGCCUCUCAUACUAUGGUCCAGCAUUAGGAAACGAAGAGCACUUGAGUUUCUUUUUCUCUUCCCUAGCAGAAAUCCCAAGUUACUUAGCUUGUUGGGUGGUGAUGGACAGGUGGGGAAGGAGGUGGCCUUUAUGUCUUUGUAUGGUCACUGCUGGGCUUUCCUGCGUCGCUACAGUACUCCUGCCAGCAGAUGCAGUACUGACAACACUAAUAUUAUUUCUACUCUCAAAGUCCGCAAUAUCAGCGUCAUUCUUAAUAAUUUACCCAUUCGCUGGUGAAUUAUACCCCACACAGCUCCGAGGCGUAGCGAUUGGGUUCUCAGCGUACAUAAGUGGCCUCGGUCUCAUCAUAAUCCCCUUUAUCACCUAUUUGGGAAAAGAGAAUUUGGUGCUUCCACUCGUAAUACUUGGGGCGGUCUCCGUCAUUGGAGGAUUGUCCGGAUUACGACUGCCUGAGACACUGCAUCAUCGUUUACCACAGACUGUUGAAGAGGGCGAACUCUUCGGCAAGGACUGGAAAUACACCGACUGCCUCAAAUGUAUUCCCACUAAACCACCCUCUGCAACAACGUCGUACGAGGAUCUCUCAGCCGGCGAGACUGUGGAGAUGCAGUCGGUAUCAACUCAACCAAUGUCUGAGGAGCCACGUGGACCAGCCACUGCGACUCGCAGACUCCUCAUUCGACAAUCGAGUGUCAUGGAGACGCAGAGGGACUCCGAUGGCUCCAUCAAAAUGACUUAUUGGUUUUAAAUCACAAAUUGGGAGAGUUCGAAGGAAUUUUGUGAAGAAUUCAGGAAGAAAAGACGACGUUUGAGCUCAGGAGGAUAGGCGACGUAAAUAUAGUGGUCGGGCAUUUCGCCAGUGGGGAUGAGCCUGUCCUCGCCAUCCUCGUAUUUUCGACGAUCGUCGUGACGAUUACUCCCUCCUGGAUCGUGA